AUGUCUUCACAAACCUCCAUGAUGAGGCUAACUCGAAUGAAAGGAGAACUUCAAUUAUUGAUGAAUCAACCUCCUCACGGAAUUGCAGCCUAUCCAAAGAGUGAAGAUUCUAUUGACAUUUUGGAAGCUAAAAUUCAAGGAACACAAGGCACUCCAUACGAGAAUGGUGAAUUUGUAUUAGAAAUUACCAUUCCCGAUCGAUAUCCCACACUUCCUCCUAAUGUUCGUUUCAUCACCCGAAUCUAUCAUCCAAAUAUUGAUAGUGGAGGAAGAAUUUGUUUGGAUCUUUUAAACAUGCCUCCAAAAGGAGGUUGGAAGCCCAGUAUUAAUUUAUCAACUCUUCUUGCUUCAAUUAAAUUAUUAAUGGAUGAACCAAAUGGUGAUGAUGGUCUAAUGGCAGAUAUUACUGAACAAUUUAGGAAUAAUCGACCACUGUUUGAAAAAACUGCUCGAGAAUGGACGAAGAAAUAUGCACUAACGGACAACAACAACAACGACCAAUCAUUAACAUUGCAAGAGGAAAACAUUACUGAAAAUGGUGAUUCACAUUUCAACCACUCGACCGCAGUCACUUCUUCCACCAAAUCAAAGGAAGCUAAAGUAAGGAAAUCUGUUGAGGAUAACAGUAGUGAUUCGAGUAGCAGUGACGACGAUGAUAGUGACGAAGAAGAUCAUUCCAGCAAAAGCACCAAACAAAAAAGAGAAAGCUCUAAAUUUCUUGUAUUUAAUGUAAAAUGUUGUAAUUGUUGA